AUGCUGAAGAUUUGGGCUUUGCAGCUGGCCCUCAGCGCCGGGGGCCUGGCAUCGCCGCACGGUCAGCAGCCGCUCGGGAACGACCCUGCGAUACCAGCUCCAUCGACAGUGGCGGGCACAAUAUCGAUGGCCUUGUUUGCAACGCUCGAGCGCCUCGCCCGACUCGUCGAUAUCACCUACUGCAUUGGUACCACCGGUGUGAGCAAGCCCUUCGAAUGUGUAUCCCGCUGCAGCAACUUCCCAACUCUGUCACUAGUCACAACCUGGAACACUGGGGCACUCAUGAGCGACAGCUGCGGAUUUAUUGCCGUCGACCAUGGUGUACAACAACGCGACACAGCGACUAGCAACUCCAUCUACACUACCGGAGGCCCUGCUAUUGUUGUAGCCUUCCGGGGAACAUACAGCAUCACUAAUACCGUCGUGGAUCUCAGCACCGUGCCGCAAAAGUACGUCCCUUAUCCCUCCCCUGACAACGGCGGAGAGGACCCCCCAGAGAAACCCGAGCAUGAGUGCACCAACUGUACCGUCCACAUGGGAUUCUUGGACUCGUGGAAGAACGCGAGAUCCCUUGUCAUCCCGGAACUUCAGCAGCUCCGGACCCAGUACCCAUCGUACCCGAUCCAGCUCGUCGGACACAGCCUGGGUGGAGCCGUUGCCUGCCUCGCGGCCCUCGAGGUGAAGGUCUCACUGGGUUGGGAGGACGUGGUGGUGACAACUUUCGGUGAACCCCGGGUCGGGAAUUCCGGGCUUGCUCGCUUCGUCGACGAGGUGUUCCAUCUGGAUGGACAGAAGGACCUGGAAGAGCGCGCAUACCGACGCGUGACUCACCAGGAGGACCCGAUCCCGUUACUCCCACUGGGUGAAUGGGGUUAUCAGUCACAUGCUGGAGAGAUAUUUAUUUCCAAAAAGGAUCUCUCGCCCUCAGAAGACGAUGUACAUGUGUGCAUUGGAGAUUACGAUCCAAAGUGCAUUGCUAAAGAUGACGAUAAUAUGCUGGAAUAUAUGCGUCACCUCCUCAGAUUCAGGCACGCUGCCUCUACAUCCGAUGAGUCAAUCGAGGCGGAGCUAUUUCCAUCGAGGUUUAAGCUGUGGCAGCUCUUCUUUGCGCAUCUAGACUAUUUUUGGAGACUGGGGCUCUGCGUGCCAGGAGGGGACCCGGCCAACUGGGGCCGAAACCCGUAUGGGUUCCCAGGACCGGAUGAACUAUGA